AUGCGCGGCGUAUCGUACACCAACAAAUCCACCCCAAACUCUCCCCCAGCGACCGACCGUCAACACCAACACAGAUCCAAAAUGGCUUGCGGCACUUCCUCUCUCGUCAACCGAAACGGCCCUGGUAGCGCUGCUACUUCCAUCGCCGAGUCCAUCAUCAAGCCUGCCGAGGCUACGGGCACUAAGACAAAGUGCAUCGAAUGUGGUGACUACGAGUGCUGCUGUAUCCCCUGUACCAUUCUGUAA